AUGAGGAAAUAUAUGAAAUCAAAUAAGCGGUGCAGACUAAACCACACUGGAGCCUACGAUUUGAGUUUCCGGCAAGUGGAGGUUUCCUUAUGCUGCUUCAUCUUCCUUCUGAAAAACCAAAGAUUUAUAGAAAUGGCCGACUCUGAUGAUAUUCAACCCAUUGUUUGCGACACUGGAACUGGAAUGGUGAAGGCGGGGUUUGCGAGUGAUGAUGCUCCUAGGGUGGUGUUCCCUAAUAUUGUGGGUAGGCCACGUCACACUAGUGUUAUGGUAGGCAUGGGCCAGAAGGAUGCUUAUGUAGGAGAUGAAGGCAUGUCAGAAAGAUGUAUGCUGACAUUGAAAUACCCAAUUGAGCAUGGUAUUGUCAGCAAUUGGGAUGAUAUGGAAAAGAUUUGGCAUCACACUUUCUAUAAUGAGCUUCGUGUUGCUCCUGAAGAGCACCCUGUGCUUCUUACCGAGGCACCAUUAAAUCCCAAGGAAAACAGAGAAAAUAUGACACAAAUUAUGUUUGAGACCUUCAAUGUUCCAGCCAUGUACAUUGCAAUUGGCGCCGUGCUUUCUUUGUACACGAGUGGUCGUACAACUGGUGUCAUGUUGGAUUCUGGAGAGGGAGUUACACACACUGUCCCAAUUUACGAAGGUCACGUACUUCCUCAUGGCAUCCUCCGUCUUAAUCUCGGUGGCAGUGACCUCACAGAUUGCCUAAUGAGGAUCCUGACCGAAAGAGGCUACAUGUUCACCACAACAGCCGAACGGGAAAUUAUUCGUGACAUUAAAGAAAAGCUUGCAUACGUGGCUCUUGACUACAAGCAAGAACUCAAAACCUCAAAAACUAAAUCCUCUGUUGAAAAGCUCUAUGAGCUGCCCGACGGGCAGAUUAUUGAGAUUGGGGCAGAGAGAUUCCGCUGUGCAGAGGUUCUCUUCCAGCCACAUCUGAUUGGAAUGGAAGCUGCUGGUAUUCAUGAGAUGACCUACAACUCCAUCAUGAUGUGUGAUGUUGAUAUGAGGAAGCAUCUUUAUGAAAAUAUUCUGCUCGGUGGUGGGUCAACCAUGUUACCGGGCAUUGUUGACCGGUAUAUCAAGGAAUUCACUGCCCUUGCUCCUAGCAGCAUGAAAAUCAAGGUGGUUGCAAAGCCUGAGAGGAAAUACAGUGUCUGGAUUGGAGGAUCAAUCCUUGCAUCUCUCAGCACCUUCCAACAGGUAAAUUGAAGCCCUCAUAUAGUGUUGAGAAAAUGACUAACGAGGGCAAAUUUGUUAAAUGUUGACUUAAUCGGGAAAGUGUUUGUUCCUAACUUUCCUUGUUAAGUCAUUUUCUACAUUAAGUAAAAAAAAGAAGCAUCUAUAUAUAGCUUACUGGAUUAAGUCCUGACUAACUGUUGUCUGGAUAAAUGAUUUUAAAAAAUUAAGGCAAAUUGUUCGGCAUAGCAACGUCUU